AUUUUUAUUUUUUUUACAGGAAAUGCUGCGGCCGGAGGGUGUAUAUCCGGCACUAAGAGGGGAUUCAGUGGUAGUUAGAGAGACUAUCAAGAAACGAAAGGAAGCCUGGGAUAUCAAAAUGGAGUGUCGACAGAUUCUACUUUGCUUGGCACUCUAUGUGGUGUGUACUCUGAGCAAACCCACGGAGAAGAAGGACCGCGUUCACCACGACCCCCAGCUCAGUGACAAAGUGCAUGAUGAUGGCGAAAACUUUGAGUAUGAUCACGAUGCCUUCCUGGGAGCAGAAGAUGCCAAAACCUUUGACCAGCUCACCCCAGAGGAGAGCAAGGAAAGGCUUGGAAUGAUUGUAGAUAAGAUUGACGAGGAUAAGGAUGGGUAUGUGACUGAGGAUGAGCUGAAGGCCUGGAUUAAAAAGGCCCAGAAGAUGUACGUCUAUGAUAAUGUGGAUCGGCAGUGGAAUGAUUUCGAUGUGAACAAUGAUGGGUCCAUCUCCUGGGACGAGUACAGAAAUGUCACCUAUGGCACAUAUCUGGAUGACCCAGACCCUGAAGAUGGUUUCAACUACAAACAGAUGAUGAAGAGGGAUGAGAGGCGUUUCAAACUGGCAGACAAGGAUGGCAACCUGAUUGCCACCAAAGAAGAAUUCACAGCUUUCCUGCACCCAGAAGAGUAUGACUACAUGAAGGAUAUUGUAGUUCUGGAAACAAUGGAAGAUAUUGAUAAGAAUGGAGAUGGUUUUAUUGAUCUAGAAGAGUAUAUUGGGGACAUGUAUAGUCAUGAAGGAGACCCUCAGGAGCCUGAGUGGGUAAAAACUGAGCGGGAACAGUUUGUGGAGUUCAGAGACAAAAAUAAAGAUGGUAGGAUGGACAAAGAGGAGACCAAGGACUGGAUUCUGCCUUCAGACUACGACCAUGCUGAAGCUGAAGCAAAGCACCUUGUUUACGAAUCUGACCAGGACAAGGAUGGCAAACUCACCAAAGAAGAAGUAGUAAAUAAAUAUGACUUGUUUGUUGGAAGUCAAGCAACUGAUUUUGGAGAAGCCUUAGUACGGCAUGAUGAGUUUUAAAGCUUUUUUUGUUAGUUAUUACUUGAUCCAGUUUCUUAGAUAAUUUAUUUUAUACUGCUUCCAUUUAACACUUUCCCAAGACUGUUUGUUUGUUUUUGUUGAGAGAGAAAUGGGGUCCUGGCCCACAUCACCACUGCAGGGCAUCAUUAUGACACUUACCUUUUUCACUCGCCUCCAUAUUUUAGCCCUUUUUUAUUUUUGUAUUUUGAUUGUGAAUUGAAGAAUACUUAUUUCUUUACUAUGAGUGUUUAGGUAAGUGUAAUUUCAAGGAAUACUUAAUGUCCUCCUGUUUGGAGGAGAGAAUAUUUUACCAUUUGUCUCUUUGCGCACACACACACACACACACCGGUAAUGUACUCUUCAACAGACCAUAAGCUUUCAGCCAUUGCAGUUAUUUCCUUAGAUAGUCUGAACCUGUAAUGAAAUUCAUAACCAAGCCCAUGUGAGAUAACCAGCCCAGAUUUAUUGAUCAUUUUUGAAAACAAAAGGCCAAAUGAACAGUUGGCAGGUCCUGUGUUUUUUAGCUUGUUAAAUAGCUGGUCAUUUUCAAUACACUACAUUUUGUCCAGAAACGUUUUCAUAUUUUGUUACGGAGAUAGGAAUAGUGGAAAGAAAAUGGAAUAAAAAGUAUGCCUUGGUUAUCUUUUACCUGUAAUGCUGCUACAGGUUGUACAUGUGCAAGGGUUUAUCUGGUGAAAGGCAGUUUGCUGCAUUUACUUUGUACUCUUAAUCAACCUUGGAUUUACCUUUUCAGUGUUGCCUUUUUUAAAAAUCAAUUUAAAAUGUGUAUAAACCCUGUAAUAUGUGCAUUGUAAAGUAAUUGAUCAUGUUUCUCAAGAACAUUCUAUUGGGAUAUACUACAGAUCAGGUGAAGUGAUAAUAACUCAACCACUGUAUUACUUGGAACAUUUUGUAAAAUUGGUAUUUUACUCUACCAUAUAAAAAUUAUAAUUAAUCAAUUAUACGUUGUAUGGAAGGUGGAUACAGUAUAGAGCCAUUGAAUUGUAAUGAACUGUUGCUGUUAAUCAAAGUUUGAAACAGUCUAAUUGAUGCAGAUUUUUUAAAUGACUUACUACUGCUAUUUCUUAGUAACUGUGGUACAAAGGACAUCUAUGAAAUUGUACCACACACUUUGAAAAAUAUUGCAUGAACACUUUUUAUGCUUUUAAGCUAUUUGAAUUGUAUGUAAUGCUAAAUGGACAGACCUGUUUCUCAAUAGUAAACUUUUUUUUUUUUAAUAAAACCAUGGUCCAUUUUAUUAACUCCAUGG